AUGGAGGGGCGUGAUGAACCUGCACUACGUGCAGUUCGAGGUAAGUUCAAAUUUGACUUCCACCACCGCUAUAUCGCUACCAUUAAGGGACCACUAAACAUUAAGGGACCACUAAUUAUUACGAUUAACCAGUCAGAUGUGUUUGAGUUAUACGAUUAACCAAUCGGAUGCGUACUAAGCCAAUGAGAGGUAGUGGUAGCGGUAUAGUGGCAGUCAAACAUGAAUAUCUCUGAUAUAUAGUUAGUUGAACGGGCCGAAUGGCUGAUCUUUAAAUAAAAUAUCUGCUUGUAAAUGUUUUGAAUUGAUCGCUAGCCCUGAAUGACAUUUCGUUUGUUUGUUUCAUUCUUUUUCACGAUUGGAAAUUUUUCUGACAAAUCACAUGCACUCACGUUAGAAAUAAGAAAGAAUGGCAAAUCAAGAAGGUGCUAGACUGAAUUCACCAAGCUUGAGACAGGUGUUUUGGUGUAAAUAGGUAAUGGGACAAGUACUGGUGUGAGACAUUGUGUAACCUAAAUAAUUAUAGGACCAGUAUUCAAAUUUAUUGUUAUUUACUUCAACUUAAAUAGUAGGCUAUGAACUGCAUAAUUAUAUGUGAUAAAUUAUGGCAAUUGCGAUUAUAGAAACUAAAAGAGGGGUGAAUUGGUUAAUGGGAAACGAUAAGUCGAGAGAUAAAGGAGAGAGUAGGCAAGGCAACCUUGUGCGCGUUUCGACCUAACAGUCUUCUUCAGCAGGGUUUUUUAAGAGGGGUGUAGGUAGAAUUUGCAGAGGAGAAUGAAGGAGAAUUUAAGAGUUCGGAUAACCAAUGGCACGGUAACAAAAAUGAAAGGUGGAAAGAUAGUGAGAAAUGAAAAAACUACUACAUGUUAAAAGUAAAGUUAUCCUACCAAAUGUUUUGUUAUUGCGCGGCAUUCCAGCACCACGCAUCUUGCUGUUCAUAUAUGCAUCUUUUUGCUUAGCUUGAUAAAGCAGAGCAAUGAUAUAGUCAUUUCUAAUGUAACUUACGCAAUAGUAUAGUGAGUAUUAAUGAUGUGAUGGUAGGGGUGGGGUAGGAUUUAUAUCAUAGUGUGAUCAUGUGUCUGAAGGUGAUUGCAUCCUAAUAUGGUGAAGUUAGCUAAUUAGACAGGGAUGGGGAGGUAUAGCAAUAAGAGGUGAUUAGUAAGAAAUAAUAAAAAAAUAAAUAAUUACAUCGUGCAGGGUUUGAUCUUAUAAAAUUAUGAGUAUACAUUGACCAAAAAACUAAAUAUGUACAUAUAUAACAAAGCCAAACAAGGAUAAUAAAUGCAAUGACAUUAUAUGUCCAAUCGUUAUCUGUAGUAGGUCUUAAUUUGUCACGUGGAGGAAUUCUUCAUUCUCCUCUGCAAAUUCUACCUACACCCCUCUUAAAAAACCCCUGCUGAAGAAGACUGUUAGGUCGAAACGCGUACAGGGUUGCCUUUCCAACUCUCCCCUUUAUCUCUUGACUUAUCGUUUCCCAUUAACCAAUUCAACCCUCUUUUAGUUUCUAUAAUCAUAAUUGCAAUAAUUUAUCAAGUAUAUGCAGUUCAUCGCCUACUAUUGAAGUUGAAGUAAAUAACAAUAAAUUUGAAUACUGGUCCUAUAAUUAUUUAGGUUACACAAUGUCUCACACCAGUACUUGCCCCAUUACCUAUUUACACCAAAACAAGUGAUGUGAUAACAUUAUUGGAAAAUCUUAGGAGUUAUAUCUGUGAUGAUUAACCCUACUUCCUAAAUGGAUUAUUCCAGCUAUCGACUAUUUUUUUAUAUAUAGACAAGAAAGACCAAAUCUAUUAUUAUAGCUCAAAAGAGCAUCCUAAAAUUAGUAAUUAAAAUUGCAAAGUUUCACUGCGACUGUGUCGUAAAAAACGAAAAAUAUAGCCCUGUGAAAUUAGCAAAUUUUGAGUAUUUUAGUAUUACGUGCGGAAAAUGCACGACUUUCGGCUCAAAAGUAGUACAUCAUUUGUCCGAGCGAGUGUAAUACUGUAAAAUACUCAAAGCUAUAUUCUCCGUAUUUUACAACAUUUUGCAACCAAAUUUGGCAAUACUACUAAUUUAAGGAUGUUCUAUUGAGCUAUAGUCAUAGAUUUCGUCUCUCUUGUCUGGAUCAAAAUUUAGUCUAUAGCUGGAAUCCAUUGUAUACUGUUUUGAGAUUUACAACUGCAACUGUGCUGGGAGCAGUACGGUGCCAAUGAACCCGUCAUAUAGGAAACCCGCUGCAUGAACCCAAACAAUUAAUAUAAUAUAUACAUAUUACUGAAUAAACCAAAGGCAUUCACAAAAGAAAAUACUGUAUUUGAUUUGUGUUUUAAGUAUACUUGUAACCGUAGCUUACCGAUUUAUUUGUCUUUAUUGCUUGCAUAGUGGUUUUAUUUUCGCUUAAUUCAACUGAGUCCGCAUUUAUAAAAAGUAUAAUAAUGUGAUAAUUGCUGUGUUCGGUGUAAUGUACUCAGGUGAAUAAGAUGCUUGUGUGAUGUUACUCUGAGUGUGUAUCCACACCGGGCAGGCUUGAAAAAUAUGCCUGGCCACGGUGGGAUUCGAACCUACGACCUUUGGAAUACCAGCCCAAUGCUCUGCCAACUGAGCUACGCGGUCAGGUCGGUUCGAGUAUGCGAUAUUUCGGAACUGAGUCUAGUUCCUUCGAUAUCAGUGUAAUCUAAUAAUCAUGAUACUUGCUGUGUUGGUGUAAUGUACUCAUUUGAAUAAGAUGCUUGUGUGAUGUUACUCUGAGUGUGUAUCCACACCGGGCAGGCUUGAAAAAUAUGCCUGGAUACCAGGGAUAUUUGAAAAAUAUGCCUGGAUAUCAGGCAUAAUUUUCAAGCCUGCCUGGUGUGGAUACACACUCAGAGUAACAUCACACAAGCAUAUAAUAAUGUGCUUAGUUACCGGUGCUAUAAAAAAUGUUUUUGUGACCUGCUUAGUUACCGUUGCUAUAAAAAUAUUUCUUGUGACCGCAUCAGCGCAUGGGGUCAUCAAACCUCCACUUUCGAAUUGUGUAGUUUUUAAAAUACUUCUACUAUGCAAUUAAAAUUAUGAUAUCGUACACUUUAAUGAGCGUAUCAAAGAAAAUUCCAUACAUGGUGUCCCAAAAAUAACCAAAACUAUUGAAUAACGUAUUUUUAGAAUUUGAAUGCCCUAUAGCAUGCACUAAGCUGAACGCAAAGAUGCGUAAAAUAUUGACAGGGUGCAUAUAUUAAAUCGUUAUUGACUUAUUAAGAAAUUAAAAUAUCUUUGUAGGCGCACAAUUUUCUGCUCUUGGGAAUUUAAAGCAGCUUCUUAAAUUCUGAACGAGAAUAACUUUAGGAUUCAUUACAUAAAUCUCUCUUACAUUCUUUUAAACAGUUUGUUAUGCAUAAAAUUUUCUUGUGUCAAGCUAGCUUUUGUGCACAGGUUGUGGGUUCAACAGGGUGCUGAGGCAUUCAACUUCUGACAAUACGUCAUUUCAAUAGUUUUAGGGUUUUUGGGACACCCUGCAGUGAAACCAACCUUAAAAUAUACACUUCAUUAUUUGCAAUGCAAAAUGUUGUCAAAUUUCUGUCUUAAUAGCGGACCUGCAUCUAAGGACGUAAAGCCUCAUUAAUAUCAUUAACGACGAAAGACACGCAAAAUCACUGUUUUUUUAUUGGCUCUCACUAUAUGACCUAUAUGCAAAACAUGGCUAAACGCAAAAUAGUAAGAUUCUAUUGGCUGUUGCAUUUGUACCUAUCUUGUAUAUGCUAAAUAUGUUGUCCUGAGUUAUUUGUUUUGUAAUUUACAUGGUCAUGAAAUACAUCAUAGGUAAUAAAUCAUUACUAUAUGCAGAUAGUCAUUUUGUAUAGGUAAUCACACGGGAAGGAGUGAUAUUUGAAAAAUGUGCCAAAAUUGCACGAGCCGCCGAGGCGAGGGCAAUUUGGCACAUUUUUCAAAUAUCACGAGUAGUGUUAAUCAUUAAUUGCACGACUUGCCCGUGUGAUUAUUUAUUUAUUAUAUACAUGACAAAAUCGCUUUCUUUAUAUUUCAACUGCAUUUUGUCAAGAGUUUUUAAUUCUUUUGUAAGCAAUUUGGUAUAAACAAACUUGGGAAAUGAUUAUAAACUCAUAAAGGCACAGUAUUUAAACUAGAACACAAGAUUCAAACUCAAACAACAUAUUUUAGACUAAGAAAAUCUUUAUAAUUUAUAUUUCAAACUUACAUAGUCACGUUUCGCUGCACCGCGCCAAGAUUAUUACUUAAGACUGUUUCCAGGUAUUUUCUACAUGCUCUUUUUGCCAUACAAUGUUUCCUAAACUCAUUCUUGUGCCAAAAUUCAGUUAAAUUCGUUCACAUUUGUUAGAAACAUAGAUAUAGGAGAUCUAGAUUGCUAACGCAUACCUAACGCAGGCGGGGCCUACAUGAUAAAUCCAAGAUGGCGGUACAACAGGGCAAAAAGACUAUAGAUUCUAUUACGAAAAUUAGGAUUUUUGCAUUUUUUGCCGUCACAUUGUUUCGAAACUUAUUCGGUCAAAUUUUAUGGUAAAGAGAAACUUACCGCGAAGAUUUUGAGCAUAUAUAUGAUUGAUUUGGAUGAAAACUCGCAAUAUAGUACUAUAUAAGUAACUUGUACAGUUUUGCUUUAAUUUUUGCUCACUAUUUGCAUAAAAAGCAAAUUAUCACAAACCAUAGAUGAUAGACCCUCAUCCAGUGCUCUCAUCAGUUUACUUCUCUAACAAGCAAGGGGGGGGGGGUACAUAACAGUUCAUUUUUCAUAAUUAUGAGGACAGAGCAGAUGAUGAUGAGAGAUGCAAGUAUAAAACACCAUUCACAAGGCUAGAUGUUAACAUAGCACAGUAUUUCUGGCAAUAAAACGCUCCAACUGACCAACUGACCAUUUCACACGAACUUUUAUCGCUGGAUAAUUUUGCGAUUUUUCAUCCAAUUCAAUCAUAUAUAUGCUCAAAAUCUUCGCGGUAAGUUUCUCUUUACCAUAAAAUUUGACCGAAUAAGUUUCGAAACAAUACGACGGCAAAAAAUGCAAAAAUCCUGAUUUUCGUAUUAGAAUCUAUAGUCUUUUUGCCCUGUUGUACCGCCAUCUUGGAAUUAUCAUGUUGGCCCCGCCUGCGCUAGGUAUGCGUUAGCAAUCUAGAUCUCCUAUAUCUAAGGUUAGAAAUACCUAUCUAAAUUUCGCCGCCAUAUUGGAUUUUGUUGUUUUGAUAUUCCGCUCCCCCCAGCCAUCACGAAAAUCAUUAAUUGCACUCCUGGAGAGUGCAAUUAAUGAUGGUAAUAGAACGAAUAGGAGUGCUAUUAAUGCCAUAAUCAUACGAGUGAUUACAAAAUCAACCGACCGCGUAGCGGGAGGUUGAUUUGUUAAUCACAAGUAUGAUUAUGGCAUUAAUAGUACGACUUUAAUUCGUUCUAUUACUUAUUAAUUAUUUAUCUUCUGUAAUCAAACUGUUUAAGGGGGAAAAGCAGAAAAAUGCAAUUUGUUGAAGUUCAAUAUAAUUAUUAAAUUUUUGUCACGACAAUUCUUAGUGAAAUAGUACAAUUUUGAAUUAUUGUUUAUCAUAUAUAAUCAAAUUAACAUAUUAUUAACUUCCGGGCAUUAUUUCCGGUAUAAUCACAUGACAACAUUUGUUUGAAUUAUUCAACACACAAUUGGGAAGCCAUGUUUGUAUGUUUAUAAAGUGUUCAAAAUAGUGAAGUUCUUUAAUUCAAUUAAUCAUCUGAAUUGGAUGGAAAUAUAACUCCUGGUUGUGUUUAGUUCGGUGUCUUCUGCUGGAUGAACAGGUAGGUUAUUUUCGUCAGAAAAUAUAUAAUUUAACAACCCUCGAAAACGAGAUCUGCAUUCGGCAAUGCCGACCUACAGUAAAUGCCGACCUAUCAACCUCCCAUGUCGGCAAUGUUUUGCCCACCUUAAUUCAGCCAAAGUAAUAAUCUAUUUUGGUGCUUAUAGCUGUUAAAAAGUCAGCGAUUAUAGAAUUCGAUGUACUUUGGUGUAAGGUUUAAGAAUUAACGGGUAUAUUUAUGAUAUAAUUUAGGUAAAACUCUAAAAGAAAAGGCUUCCUGACAUUUAUACUUUUCAAUGAUUCGUAAAUACGUGAAUACUAGUGCAGGCUACUAGUGCUCCAAAACAUGGAACAGAUUUUAAAAAAUGCCGAAAUGUACCGAGCUAGGUCAGGUUUAGGUCGGCAUUUUUUUCCGACCUCAAUUUUGACGGUUUUCGAGGGCUGAUUUAAAACUUAAAAGGUUAAAAUUUGUGAAUUCCUCCAUUUUGAAAUUUUUUACAGCAAUAAACAAAAUAAAAUUCAAAGUUUGUAUCCUGAAUGCUGAUUGUCUAGUUGUAAAUACUAGACUGAUUUUCAUUGGCUGUAGACAAGAGUGCGAUUACAGCUCAGAAAAGGUGCGAUUAAUGCUCAAAUCGCACUCCUGUCAACCAAUGAAAUUGCAGUAUUUGCCACUGAUUACAGAAGAUAAAUAAUUAAUGAAAUAAUUGCACUCAUCUUAAUUAACCAAUCAGAUUGCAGUAAUUUUGUCAUGUAUAUAAUAAGAGAGAUUAUCCUCGCAACCCACUGUCAAUCUGCCCAAUGGAAUUUGUCUUUAGUCUUUACUAUUACUACAAAGGACAAUUGGUAUAGAUAGAAAAACUAUCCUCGAGCUGCGUGCCUGUCAAAAUUGUCGAUUACUUGGCUUAUUGUGUCGAUUACUCUGUUGGAUCAAAUUUCUUAAAAAGAUAUGGCACAUCGUCUGCCAAUCUUUAGCAAUCCCAUUUUCCGAUUAUUUUCUAAAUACAUCUUGGCAGUUAUGGCUGAUAAAAGCGAGGAGGAAAUUCAAAUAAUGGAGGGUUUUACAAGCACAAGACACAAGCGACAUUGCGACAGUGAUAAUAGACGUUGUGAAACUAUCAUUUGGCCAAAUGGGAUGUUUUGAAUAUAUACACACGCAAUGAAAUAGUUACACUGUAUAAACGACAAAUAUAAAUGGAAAAAAUUUCGUGGAUAAACGACCGCAUGCCAGACAUAUACGACGUGUUACAUAAAAGCGCUGCGUGUUUGUAAUAUGCAAAUUAUAAAGAGGGUGGGAAAGGUUAUUUUCGUGACCCGUGCCCGAAUGGUGAAUAUUUGUUCGUGUGAAAUGUGAAAUGCUUGAUUUUAGUGUCGUGAAAUGCGAUUUGUUCAACAGCCGUGAAGCGUGAUUGUUGAUAAAAAUGCUCCGUGAAAUGAGAAUUAAGGAUGCCUGUUUCGUGAACUUUGAUUAUUAUCGUGAUUAUUACAAUAAACAUGAUACGCGACAAUCAAACUUAUAUGAUCUCACUCGAUUGCACAAGAGUAAAAAUUUCGGAGGCCUUUCGCGAGGAUCCUGAAGCUGAGAACAAGGCUCCUGCCGCUGAAAACAAGGUUACUGACGCUGAGGACAAGUUUCCUGACGCUGAGGACAAGGUUCCUGGCGGUGAGGACAAGGUUCCUUGCGCUGAGGACAAGGUCCCUGCCGGUGAGGACAAGGUUCCUGGCGGUGAGGACAAGGUUCCUGGCGGUGAGGACAAGGUUCCUGGCGGUGAGGACAAGGUUCCUGGCGGUGAGGGCAAGGUUCCUGGCGGUGACGACAAGUUUCCUGGUGGUGAGGACAAGGUUCCUGGCGCUCGGGACAAGGUUACUGGCGGUGAGGACAAGGUUCCUCGCGGCAGUGAGAAAAAGGUUCCUGGCGUUGAGGACAAGGUUCCUGGCACUGAGGACAAGGUUCUUGCCGCUGAGGACAAGGUUCCUGGCGCUGAGAACAAGAUUUCUGCCGGUGAGAACGAGGUUCCUGGCGGUGAGGACAAGGUUCCUGGCGGUGAGGACAAGGUUCCUGGCGGUGCCGACAAGGUUCCUGGCGGCAGAGAGAACAAGGUUCCUGGCGGUAAGGUCAAGGUUCCUGGCGGUGAGGACAAGGUUCAUUGCGGUGAGGCCAAGGUUGCUGCUGGUGAGGACAAGGUUCCUGGCAGUGAGGACAAGGUUCCUGGCGGCGAGGACAAGCUUCAUGGCGGUGAGGACAAAGUUUCUGGCGGUGAGGACAAGGUCAAUGGCGUUGAGGACAAGGUUCAUUGCGGUGAGGCCAAGGUUGCUGGCGGUGAGGACAAGGUUCCUGGCGGUGAGGACAAUGUUCCUGGCGGUGAGGACAAUGAUCAUGGCGGUGAGGACAAGGUUCCUGGCGGUGAGGACAAGGUUCCUGGCGGUGAGGACAAGGUUCCUGGCGGUGAGGACAAUGUUCCUGGCGGUGAGGACAAUGUUCAUGGCGGUGAGGACAAGGUUCCUGGCGGUGAGAACAAGGUUCCUGGCGGUGAGGACAAUGUUCCUGGCGGUGAGGACAAUGUUUCUGGCCGUGAGGACAAGGUUCCUGGCGGUGAGGACAAGGUUUCUGGAGGUGAGGACAAGGUUCCUGGCGGCAGUGAGAACAAGGUACCUGGCGGUAAGGACAAGGUUCCAGGCGGUGAGGACAAGGUUCAUAGCGGUGAAAACAAGGCUCCUGGCGGUGAGGACAAGGUUCCCGGAGGUGGGGACAAGGUUACUGGCGGUGAGGACAAGGUUACUGGAGGUAAGGACAAGGUUCCUGGCAAUGAGGACAAGGUUCCUCGCGGUGAGGAAAAGGUUCCACGCGGAGAGGACAAUGUUCCUGGCGGUGAGGACAAUGUUUCUGGCGGUGAGGACAAUGUUUCUGGCGGUGAGGACAAGGUUCCUGGCGGUGAAGACAAGGUUCCAGGCGGUGAGGACAAGGUUCAUAGCGGUGAGGACAAGGUUCAUAGCGGUGAGGACAAGGCUACUGGCGGUGAGGACAAUGUUCCUGGCGGUGAGGACAAUGUUCCUGGCGGUGAGGACAAUGAUUCUGGCGGUGAGGACAAGGUUCCUGACGGUGAGGACAAGGUUCCUGGCGGUGAGGAAAAGGUUGAUGCCGGUGAGGACAUGGUUACUGGCGGUGACGACAAGGUUGCUGGCGGCAGUGAGAACAAGGUACCUGGCGGUAAGGACAUGCUUCCAGGCGCUGAGGACAAGGUUCCUGGCGGUGAGGACAAGGUUCCCGCAGGUGGGACAAGGUUACUGGCGGUGAGGACAAGGUUACUGGAGGUAAGGACAACGUUCCUGGCAAUGAGGACAAGGUUCCUCGCGGUGAGGACAAGGUUCCUCGCGGUGAGGACAAUGUUCCUGGCGGUGAGGACAAUGUUUCUGGCGGUGAGGACAAGGUUCCUGACGGUGAGGACAAGGUUCCUGGCGGUGACGAAAAGGUUGAUGCCGGUGAGGACAUGGAUACUGGUGGUGAGGACAUGGCUACUGGCGGUGAGGACAAUGUUGAAGGCGGCAGUGAGAACAAGGUACCUGGCGGUAAGGACAAGGUUCCAGGCGGUGAGGACAAGGUUCAUGGGGAUGAGGUCAAGGUUCCUGGCUGUGAGGACAAGGUUCCCGGGGGUGGGGACAAGGUUACUGGCGGUGAGGACAAGGUUACUGGAGGUAAGGACAACGUUCCUGACAAUGAGGACAAGGUUCCUCGCGGUGAGGACGGUUCCUGGCGGUGAGGACAAGGUUCCUGGCGGUGAGGACAAGGUUCCUGGCGGUGAGGACAAGGUUCCUGGCGGUGACGACAAGGUUCCUGGUGGUGACGACAAGGUUCCUGGUGGUGAGGACAAGGUUCCUGGCGCUCAGGACAAGGUUACUGGCGGUGAGGACAAGGUUUCUCGCGGCAGUGAGAACAAGAUUCCUGCCGGUGGGGACAAGGUUCCUGGCGGUGAGGACUGGUUACUGGCCGUGAGGACAAGGUUCCUGCCCGUGAGGAUAAGGUUACUGGCGGUGAGGACAAGGUUCCUGGCGGUGAGGACAAUGUUUCUGGCGGUUAGGACAAGGUUCCUGACGGUGGGGACAAGGUUACUCGCGGUGAGGACAAGGUUCCUGGCGACAGUGAGAACAAGGUACCUGGCGGUAAGGACAAAGUUCCAGGCGGUGAGGACAAGGAUCAUUGCGGUGAGGACAAGGUUCCUGGCGGUGACGACAAGGUUCCUGGUGGUGAGGACAAGGUUCCUGGUGCUCAGGACAAGGUUACUGGCGGUGAGGACAAGGUUUUUCGCGGCAGUGAGAACAAGAUUCCUGCCGGUGGGGACAAGGUUCCUGGCGGUGAGGACUGGUUACUGGCCGUGAGGACAAGGUUCCUGCCCGUGAGGACAAGGUUACUGGCGGUGAGGACAAGGUGCCUGGCGGCGGUAAGGACAAUGUUUCUGGCGGUGAGGACAAGGUUCCUGGCGGUGAGGACAAUGUUUCUGGCGGUGAGGACAAGGUUCCUGGCGGUGGGGACAAGGUUACUGGCGGUGACGACUAGGUUCCUGGCGGCAGUGAGAACAAGGUACCUGGCGGUAAGGACAUGGUUCCAGGCGGUGAGGACAAGGAUCAUAGCGGUGAAGACAAGGUUCCUGGCGGUGAGGACAAGGUUCCCGGAGGUGGGGACAAGGUUACUGGCGGUGAGAACAAGGUCACUCGAGGUAAGAACAAGGUUCCUGGCAAUGAGGACAAGGUUCCUCGCGGUGAGGACAAGGUUCCUCGCGGUGAGGACAAUGUUUCUGGCGGUGAGGACAAUGUUUCUGGCGGUGAGGACAAGGUUCCUGGCGGUGAGGACAAGUUGCAGGCGGUGAGGACAAGGUUCAUAGCGGUGAGGACAAGGUUCAUAGCGGUGAGGACAAGGUUACUGGCCGUGAGGACAAGGUUUCUGCCGGUGAGGACAAAUGGUUACGGGCGGUGA